AUUCAGAGGUUAAUCCCAUUGGGCAGUGCAGGGAGACCGAGUCAGGUGAUUUCCAAGGAAGCCGGAGAUUCAUUCAGUCACUCUCCACAGCGAGGGGAGCCCGCCCAACCCGGAUGCACAGAUCGUUUGUGGAGCGGUCAGUUGUGGGGUGCAGCCCGCGGGACUGGGAGUAUUUCAGCACCAGACAGGACGGACAGCUCCCGCGGCGUUCACCUUUGUUUCCACGCCGCUACUGAGACCUGCGCCCGCUGCAUCUCGCGCAGAGGACCGCGACACGCACGCACGCAGAGGGACUUGGUGGAACAGACUGCAUGCUGGAUUUGACGCUUUUAAGGAGAUCAUUUGCAUGCCGAAUCUCGCCGGGUGUAGCAGCUCUACGUCGGGACUGACAAACGAUGGCGGAGUGUGAAAGGAAAGGACUCUCGCUUCUCGAGGAAGCGCGAUCUCGCUACGAGAGCCUGCAGAUUUCCGAUGAUGUGUUCGGGGAGUCGGGAGACGACAGCAGCGAAAACCCCUUUUACAGUACAUCAGGAGAUUCAAAUUCGGAUAACUACACGGAGACGAACCCGGACGAUGCCAGAGCAGGUGAAACUAGGGGUCAAAGCUGCGGUCCCCCCGGUUCAGUCUCCAACGGGCAGGCGCAGGAGGAGGGCUGGAGCGACUCGCUACAGAACCUCAGUGUGCCCCACUAUCAGGACACGCAUGGUCCGACACAGAGAAUUCCUGCCACUGCCACAGCCAUGGACUUCUUCCAGUUGUUUGUCCCUGACAACGUCAUUCAGAACAUGGUGACCCAGACCAACAUGUAUGCCAAGAAGUACCAGGAGCGCUUUGGCAGCGAUGAAGGAUGGACCAAUGUGACGCUGACUGAGAUGAAGGCCUUUCUGGGCUAUGUAACUUCUACUAGCGUGAACCGUUGCGAGUCAGUGCUGAGCAUCUGGAGCAGUGGAUUCUUCAGUAACCGCAGCAUCGCGCUCAAGAUGAGCCAGGCACGGUUCGAGAAGAUCCUCAAGUACUUCCACAUCGUAGCCUUCCGCUCCAGCCAAGGUGGCAGUCAGGGCCUCUAUAAGAUCCAACCCUUCCUGGACUCUCUCCAGCAGAGCUUUGCCUCGUCCUUCAGGCCCUCACAGACACAGGUCCUCCAUGAGCCCUUGAUUGAUGAGGACCCCGUGUUCAUUACCACAUGUACAGAGAGGGAGCUGCGCAAGAGGAAGAAGAGAAAGUUCAGCCUGUGGGUGCGACAGUGCAGCUCCACUGGUUUCAUCUGUCAGAUCUAUGUCCAUCUGAAAGAGGGUCCAGGUCCAGAUGGUUUAGACACGUUGAAAAAUAAACCCCAGCUUCACAGUCUGGUGGCCAAGCAGCUCUGUCAGAAUCUGGCUGGCCGUAAUGCAAUCAUCUUCACUGGCCCAAGCAUCACAAGUCUAAACUUGUUUCAGGAGUUUGAGAAACAGGGCAUCUACUGCUGCGGGUUGUUGAGCACCAGGAAGAGCGAUUGCACAGGUCUUCCUCAGUCAAUGCUGAUCAAUACCGAGUCUCCUCAGCAACGUGGCCAGUCUCACAUUAAGAUGAGAGGAAAUUUGUCAAUAAUCAACUGGUACAACAAAGGCAACUUCAGGUUCCUCACAAAUGCCUACCCUCCCACUAAAGAAGGGGUGAUCAUUAAGAGGAAGAGUGGAGAAAUCCCAUGCCCCCUUGCUGUGGAGGCCUUUGCUGCGCACCUCAGUUACAUCUGCAAAUAUGAUGACAAGUACAGCAAGUACUUCAUUUUCCACAAGCCUAAUAAGACCUGGCAACAGGUGUUUUGGCUGACCAUCAGCAUCACCAUCAACAAUGCCUAUAUUCUUUACAAGAUGUCAGACGCCUACCACGUCAAACGCUACAGCCGGGCACAGUUCGGCGAGAGGCUGGUUAAGGAGCUCCUGGAGAUGGAUGACUGCUCACCCACUCAGUGAAAGAAACCGCAUGCUGUCUCAAACCCACCCAUAAUAACAUACUCCUACACACUUGCUUUCUACACUUCAUGGUCAUUAUGAGUGAACAGACCCUCUGCAUAAGACUAAAUGUGCCAAGUUUGGUUGACAAAGGGACAUUUGCCAUUUAAACUCACUUUUAAGAUCCCAUUUGAUACUACAGGACUAAUGUACAUAUCUCACUGUAACACUUACUGCAUGAGAAACACGGAAAUGUGCCCUUUGUAGAUGUGCAAUGAUUUUACCAUUAAUAGUGUUGUCAAAGUUGUGAACCCUGAGGUACAAUGUUUGUGAGCAGCAUAUCCAACAUUCAGCACUGAUAAAUAUACUGUAUAUACUCUGUGAUUGAGGUGUUUUAUCAGCAAAAUGAGAAUGUAAUGCAAUUCACACGUUAAAUCACAGAAAUUCGUAUACAUGUUCUCCAAAAUACCUGGGCUUUUUUCUAUUUUCUAUCACUUAAUAUUGAUGAUCUUUAUGACUCUUGUUUUUUUUUUCUUUUUAAAGGCAACAACAUUAGUGACACAGAUGACACUGGAGGUGAAUUGUGGCAACACUACUGUGCUUCUCAGUCGUUUUUGCACUCAGAAGUAGCGGUCAGGAUUCAUAAAAGUCUCCGAAGUAGGAUUUGCAGAUUUUAAAUAAUGUUCCCAAUAAUAGAUUUCCCAUCAAAUCUGUAUUCAAUAUAACAUAUUAACUCCUUUACCUGUCUUUUAUUAAUAUCCAGAUCCUUUGUUCAAUUAUGAUGAAUGUAGGAAAAGGGCCCAAUAUACAGUAGUAUACCAAAAAAUUAUGUAAAUAUUAUUUCUAAUAAUUAAUUUAUAUAUUUUUAUUAUGUGUCAUUUUAAAUUGAUUAUCUAGGGGCAUGGAUGCAUUUACAAAUGAAUUGGAAAAACAGAAAGAAAAUAAUGAUAUGAUGAAUAAUGUAAUUAUAAAAGACUUGAACUAGAAUGUCUCUCUACCUGUAAGCAGGUGGAUUUAUGAGGUCUUUUACUGUUCCAGAAGAUAUCAAAAGAUCAAUUCAAGAGAUCAAUUCUCCGUGUUGCUAUGCUGUAACCUUGGUAAUGACGGUACAGUCGCAGUGGCAUAAUUUGUUCCUUCAAAGAACUGAAUCAGAUUAAUUUCCCUCAGGUAAUAUUUUUAGUCUGACAUCUCCCACUGUAUCCCUGUGGUAUACUCAUACUAGAUAACGAGCACUGUAAAGGACAGAUGUACUAUUGUAAGAGAAUUUGUCAUGAUUUACUCGCCAUGCUUAUUUCCUUGGCUUUUCAUUUCUUAUUUACUGUGCCAUCACUGGCUGUUUUUCUUUGUACUGAGUGAAACGCUGCACACUAACAAACCAAUUAGGAUGUUUAUCACUGCACAUCACUUAAAACAUUAUUUUAAGGCUUCACAUUCAGUCUAUACAAAUCUGUACAAAACAAAAGUAUAUAUAUAUGCCAUAUUUUAUACCUGCAUCUCUUUUAAAUUAAUACAGAAGCAAUGUUGCAUUAUAUAUUAUAUAGGUGUGCUCAUAAACAUAAUUUUUUAUUUUUGGUCAUGAAUGAUGCAAAGUUUGAUUUCACUUCAUUGUAAUAUUUUUGCACUAGUUAUCUACAUACUGUAGUCAAUAUACUAACAAAUACCCUUCAGGCGAAAACUGGCACCUGUGCUUAUCUAAUAUAAAAUGCAGCAGAUGAUUUUGAGAUUGUAUAUCCGUGUUUUCCAGAACAUCUUCUGGGUUCGAUCUGCACUUCAGUGGGAAUUAAUUAAUUAUUUGAAUCAGGCAGACAGUGAAGUGUAAUGGCGUUAGAGAGAUGUUUGACCUUAUCUAGGGUGACCUCAGGGUUUUGUAACUACAACAUCUAGUGUAGUGCAGUAUAAUGUAGGAGAACAGACCGGGUGCUAUCAACCUCUCUGCCAAGAACAUAAUCUGUAAACCAGAACCGAGACUUUUAAUUAAAGCCCUUGCUAGUGCAGUACAUUCGAAUAAAAUCUUCCAAUAAGCAAAGUUUCUGCCACUAACAUUGUGCUAUAUUUUAGGGCCAGCUUUGUGUGGCAUUAUAGCAGGUAAAAACAAACUGUUCUUUUAAUAACAAAUCCGCUAUGACAACUAUACAGUCUCACUGACUGGAACAAAUUCCUCAAUAUCUGGUCCCCUGUUGGACAUGUAUCUGUUUUCAUGUAUGGAUGUUGUGAGUGUGCUGUGUCUUGCCGUUUAAUGCUUGGUGUUCCUUCACUUGUCUUCUCACUGUGAAUGUUGAAAUGAUUCAGGUGUAUGUAAGAGUUUACGUGUUAUCUGUAAUGUUCACCUUCACUGUAUGUCCAGUUAUCAGACUGACCCGUGCUUCACCUCUCUUCGUCUAUGUGAGUUAACACCAAUUUGCACACUAAUAAAUGUUAUUUAUACAUACUUUUUUCCCCCAACA